AUGGGCUUUAGUUGGCAAUGGAGGUCAUGGGUGAAGGAGUGUAUUGGCACUGCGUCUAUGUUGAUCCUGAUAAAUGGCUUACCAUCGAAACCUUUCAAGAUGGAGAGGGGUUUGAGACAAGGUGACCCCCUAUCUCCAUUUCUGUUUGUUCUGGUUGUGGAUGUGCUGCAUAGGAUGAUAGGGGAGGCAGUCAGGAACCAACGUAUUUUGCCGCUGCUGAUUGGUAAGGACAAUAUAGAGUUAUCACAUCUACAAUUCGCAGAUGACACUAUAUUGUUCUGUCCACCAGAGGAGGAGACCAUCAGAAACUAUGCCAGUUUGCUAAGGUGCUUUGAGAUGACGUCAAGGUUAUCUAUUAACUUUGAUAAAUCAAGUUUAAUUCCAAUCAACUGCGAACAGUAG